CAAUUGCCUUUUUAUUUAGUCACUUUUGCUUUAUAAUUGUCAGUUUUAUAAAAUUUUAAAUUGAAUAAAUCACACCUAAUAAAAAUUUUAUUCAACUGUCUUUCUUGUGAAGAAUACACUUGAAGGAGAGGGAGAAUUAGGAAGUGUUACAGCUAAAUAUAUCAUUUAUUCAUUUUUUUUUUAAUACAUCGGAGGAAGAGUUUUAGCUAAAUGAUUAAUUGACUGUAAUAAUAAGGUAGGAUGAUGCUUCCAAUAGAUCACAAAAUGGGAGGAGAAAUUAUUUAUUUUUGUUACGAAUCAUGAAGAAACCUCACUCCCUAUCAUAAACACAUUCCACCACCACUUAUCAUUGGUCUAAUCAUUUCAUUUCUUGAUGUGUUAUUUGGGUUUCUACAUAAAGGAUCUGCCCACACGAGAUCUUCAAAACUCGUCCACUAAGAUGGAGAUUGAGGAAACAUCAUCAACGAAGCAGAUGAGUGACCAGGUUUCACUUGAUAUUGAAAAAUUAGAAAGGUGUAUGAGAAGAGAGAUGGAAAGCUUGCAUCAUUUAUCAGAUCAGUGUUGCAUAUAUAGAGUUCCUGUGCAACUACGCGAGUUAAAUGAAAAAGCCUACACCCCUCGAGUAGUCUCCAUUGGCCCGCUUCACUAUGGGAAGGAGGAAUUUCGAGCAAUGGAAGAGCAUAAAAAAAGAAAACAUUCAAUUUCCCAGAGAGGAUUUUGUGAAAAUGAUGUUAACAGAUGCAGCUUUUUUGAUUGAGUACUUUCUAAAAAGAUAUUUCGGUGGCUGGCCAAAAGCAGAUCGUGUAUUCAGAAAACAACGACUUACAAACAAUAUAAGGUAUGACAUAUUGUUACUUGAGAAUCAGGUUCCUUUCUUCUUCCUUGAGAAGUUAUUGAAUCUAUCUAAGGUUGGAAUUUCCAUAGUUGAGUUGAUCCAGUGUUUUUUCACUCGUGAAGUUAUAAGGCUAUCUCUAAAGCUAAAAAACUUAUCGGAGAAGAGCUUUCAAGCGCUGCAUCUUGUUGACUUCCUAAGAAUAUGUCUGCAGCCAUCAAACCCAACUCCAAACAAAAAAUAUAGAAAUUUAUCGACACCCACUAUUACGCAUCUCCAUCAAGCGGGAGUGAAGUUUGAAUCCAGUUCAAGCAAUUGCCUACUUGACAUAAAAUUUGAAAAGGGAAUUUUGUAUAUUCCAGAAUGGAAAAUUACAGAUCAUACAGAAACUUUACUUAGGAAUAUAUUGGCCUUUGAGCAGUGCCAUUCGUCUGACAACUAUACCAGUGACUAUGUUAUUAUCAUGGAUUUUCUUAUUAACGAUGAAGAGGAUGUCCAACUACUCAUUCAAAAUGGAAUCAUAGAAAACUGGCUGCAGGAUAACCAAGCCGUAGCAACCUUUGUCAACAGUCUUGGCAAUCAGACUCUUGUGGGUGAGUAUUUCUAUUUUUCUGAUCUCGUUAAAGAUCUUAACGCAUACUGCAAGAUCCCUAGGAACAAGUGGAAGGCAACCUUGAAGCAAAAGUAUUUCAAUAAUCCAUGGACUAUUAUCUCUGUUAUAGCAGCUUCUUUUCUCCUCAUGCUCACUGUCAUCCAAACAGUAUGUUCCAUCCUUCAAGUGGACUAAUUAAUUUCCAACGAAUAUUGCAAUUGUAAUUCUAAUUAAGCAGGCUAUGUUAAUGUUAUAUAUAUUUCUGAUUAUGUUGUUAGUUUC